AAAAGAUUCCAUUCUUAUGGCCUACAUUGUUGCUUAUCUCUUCUUCUCUCCAGUCCCCUCCUGUUUCUUCCAUUAGACCUCCCACCCAUUUCCCCACUACUUCCUUUCUCUCUCUUUUCUUUCAUCCUUUUUAAUCCUAAAAUUUGAGCUGAAAUUCCAGAAAACCAAAACCCCGAUUCACUGCCAUGACCAAAUUCUAGCCUUGGUUUUUCAUUCCAUACUCUCCAAAAACAACAAUGAAGAGAAAGCACCAGGAAAUCUGUGGAGCCACUGGCUGUGGCAGUGGGAGUGGCUCAAAGGCUGAGAGUUCAAGCAUUGGUAAUACUAACAGAGGAAAAAUAUGGGAAGAAGAUCAAGAUGCCGGCGGGAUGGACGAGCUAUUGGCCGUUUUGGGUUACAAAGUUCGGUCUUCGGACAUGGCCGAUGUGGCUCAAAAACUGGAACAGUUGGAAAUGGUUAUGGGAACCGCACAAGAAGAUGGAAUUUCACAUCUUUCUAGUGACACUAUUCAUUACAAUCCUUCCGAUCUUUCUGGUUGGGUUCAAAGCAUGUUGACUGAGUUAAAUAAUCCAGCAACGGAAAAUCUUGAUCCUGUUAUGGCAAAUUCGGAUUCCAAUUCUUCCAUCCUUGGUCAGAUAAAUCACUCAGGUCAUUCAAAGCCACAGCAUCAGCAACAAAUUGUUAGCAGUAUUCAAUCUCAGGUUUAUAAUGAUGAUUCCGAGUACGAUCUCAGGGCAAUUCCAGGGAUUGCUGCUUACCCACCUCCAAAAUCUGAAUCAGAUUCGGAAAGUACCCGGAAACGAAUGAAAACUUCAAUUGGUUCAUCUGGAUCCACUGGAUAUGGCUCAUCUUCUUCAUCACCACAAGGGAUUGGAGUUUCAGGUGCUGUAACCGAGUCAUCGACUCGCCCUGUUGUUUUGAUUGACUCACAGGAAACUGGGGUUCGACUGGUUCACACCUUAAUGGCUUGUGCUGAAGCUGUCCAACAAGAUAAUCUCAAGCUGGCUGAUGCUUUAGUCAAUCAUAUAGGCUUACUCGCUGUGUCUCAAGCUGGUGCCAUGAGAAAAGUUGCUACCUAUUUUGCUGAAGCCUUAGCUCGGAGAAUCUACAGGAUUUACCCACAAGACUCUCUCGACCCAUCUUCCACUGAUAUUCUGCAGAUGCACUUCUACGAAACUUGCCCCUACUUGAAAUUUGCUCAUUUUACAGCCAAUCAAGCUAUCCUGGAAGCUUUCGCAACGGCUAACACAGUUCAUGUUAUUGAUUUCGGAUUAAAACAGGGGAUGCAGUGGCCGGCUUUAAUACAAGCUCUUGCAUUAAGGCCUGGCGGGCCACCGGCUUUUCUAUUAACAGGAAUUGGCCCGCCUCAGCCGGAUAAUACUGAUGCUUUGCAGCAAGUGGGCCGGAAGUUACAUCAAUUUGCAGAAACUAUUGGCGUCAAAUUUAAGUUCAGGGGUCUUGUCGCCAAUAGUUUGGCGGAUCUUGAGCCUGAAAUGCUCGAGAUCCGCACUGCCGAGGUCGACGCAGUGGCGGUGAAUUCUGUUUUUGAGCUUCACCGUCUGCUGGCUCGACCUGGCGGGAUCGAAAAAGUUCUGUCUUCGAUCAAGGCCUUGAAGCCCAAAAUUCUUACGGCUGUAGAGCAAGAAGCUAAUCACAACGGCCCGAUUUUCUUAGAGCGGUUUACCGAAGCUUUACAUUAUUAUUCCAGUCUUUUUGACUCGUUAGAAGGCUCAGGGGUGGCACCACCGAAUCAAGACCUGGUUAUGUCCGAGUUGUAUUUGGGAAGGCAGAUAUGUAAUGUGGUUGCUUGUGAAGGGAUGGACCGAGUUGAACGACACGAGACGCUGACUCAAUGGAGGACUCGGAUGGAAACGGCUGGGUUCAGCCCAGUUCACUUUGGUUCAAAUGCUUAUAAUCUAGUUAGCAUGUUGUUGGCUCGCUUUGCUCGCGGUGAUGGGUAUAGAGUAGAGGAGAAUAACGGGUGUUUAACGCUUGGGUGGCAUACAAGGCCGCUUAUUGCCACCUCAGCUUGGCAACUCGCCACCACUGAGUCAUGAUAGUGAGUUGACUCGUAAACUUGCAAGUGUACAAGUGAAUGAGGCAUGAUCUAAGUGUGUAAUUCUAGUUCUUUUUCACUUUGUAGUCAAAUUUUUUAGUUGUCUUUUUUGUAGGGUAGAAUUUUUUUUUCCUUUUUUAAUGAGAGCCUUUGUAAUUUUGCAAGGUUGGAUCAAAUUAGAAGGCAUAUCUUUUUUGUUU